UAAUUUAAUAUUAAUAUUGAUGAAUAUUCUCAGAUUUGGAUGUUUCAAUUAUAGAGAUUAUUAUUUACUCAAUGGAUUAAGCAUGAGACAAGCAUGAUAUUUUUCUGAUAAAAUUUUAUAUUUUUAGUAUCUAUAUCCGUGCCGUCGUCCACCACAGGAGAAUAUCUGAUAUCUUAAUUCUCGAUUAUUGAUAACCGAAAAACGUAAAUUGUAAAAUAUUAUAUUUUAAAUAUACGUACUACGUAGUAUUAAUUUUAAUAAAAUAUUAAAAYAUUUAAAUGUAAUUAUACUAUUUUUUUUUGUUUUUGGUCUAACUACAUACUUACACGUUACAAGUUAAUCACGUUAUGUAGGUAGUAGGCGAUCGCCAAUCGUCAUCAAUAAAUUUAAUAUAGACGAUACUCAAGUGCGUUAUUUUGCACAUGUGUAGAUACUAAAUGCACAGAGAUCGAUUGUGCAAAUUGUAAUGACUAUAGUGGCCAUUGAGUCCUAUAUCGAUAUUCCGUUAUUUCCGAUAUUUUAUAUUUCACACUAAUAACUGUAAUUAGUAUUUUAUUUUUGGUUUCCGUCGGUCAUCAYACGUUAUUUAUUCUGUGAUCAAACCUUUAUCGCGGUGUCAAUAAUUACAAUUUAUUAUGUGCUAAACCGACUGUUCCAAAUGUCAUAUUUCAGUGCUUCAAAAAGUGGUAUUCACGCAUUGAAUAAUUCUAUAAGCUCACCCUCCAUAUUAAAAAAAUGUGGAAAGACGGCAUUAAAUAAUGUACCUGGUCGAAGAGUGUGUUUUGAUUUAUUCAAUAACUUGAAAUUAUUGCUCAUUAAUUAUGACAGCAGUAAUAAAGAUGAUCAAAUUGCGUAUAAUAAUCUAAUUUGUGACAUAAGAGAUUUGGCUACCGAAAUUAAUGAUAAUGAACUUAUCAAGUUAUUGAAAGAUGCCAGAAAUUGUGUGAAUAUUCUUAAUGAAAAUCUUACACUUUUUGUAAAAGUUAUAUUGAUUUUAAAAUGGAUGAACAGAAGUGAUGAUGUAGUCAAGGAAUAUCGAUUAUUUUUACUCGAUGUUUGUACUGCAUACAGCUAUCAUACACAGUUUGCAAUAGAACAACUUGUGGCAUGUUUUUCUCAUGUAGAUAGUGCUGUUUGUGAUCGAGUCAAUGGUAUGCCAUCUGAAGAAGAAGAAAGAGGGUUUCAAAAUGUCCAUGUAACUCUUGAAGCUCUCUUAAAAGCCAUUCCAUUAUCAAAAGAUUUAUUAUUAUCAGCUCUUAAAAAAAAGUUUCCGUAUAAGACAAAUUCGUCUAAUUCCCAUCUUCAUUACAUACACAAUUUACUUCAUAUUUUUGAGUAUGAACCAUCCUUAAGAAAAAAUAUUCUUAGUCUCAUUAUCAACAAAUUAGUAGAAAUUGAUGUUCAUAUACCCAAAGAUGAACUAGACAGAUUGGGAUCAAAUACUAAUAUGGAAAUUGAAGACAUAUUUCCAAUGGAUGUAGAUGAAGAAGGGUGUAUGAAAGUUUGUCCUAAAAAAAAUGAAGUGGAAAAUUUUUCAGAUUCAUUGGAUAUUUGUCUCAAAAGAAUAUUUAUUUAUAUGAAAACUACUUGUCAUAAUCUCAAUGGUAGUUUAUUAUGGGAUAGUACUAAAUUAUUAUAUCAUGAUUUGUUAUCAAUAUUUGAAAGUGAAAUUCUUCCGACAUAUAACAGUAGUCAUAUUCAAUAUGUAAUUUACUAUUUUCUUAGUUUUAAAACUACAUUAGCAGAAAAUUUUAGUAAUUGGUUGUUGAAAAAAUGUUGUGAUAUAUCAUCCCCGUCUACUCUGCGACAGGCAGCAGCUGGUUAUUUGGCUAGUUUUCAUUGCAGAGCACCUUUUAUUACAAAUAAMGUGCUGAAGAAUACUCUUUUUGAAAUGUCUAUGUGGUGCAAUAACUAUAUUAAUAGUGUAGAUAAAUCUGUUAAAGUAGUAGAUGAAGAGUUAUUAAGAUCGCAUGCAGUAUUUUAUUCAAUGUGUCAAGCAUUGUUCUAUAUUAUUUCUUUUAGACAUCAAGAUCUAAUGGAUAAUAAACGAAUAGUCACAUGUAGAUUAAGUCCAUUACGUCUUUGUUGUUCAAAAGUAGUUGAUCGUUUUGCACUUAUUACAAAAACAUAYCAAUUGACUUAUUGCUAUGUGGUAAUGGAUGGUCAUAUUAGAGUCACUGAUCAAUCAAUCAAGGAUGAAUGGCUGUACUCUUAUUUUCCAUUUGAUCCAUAUGUUCUUCCUAAGUCGAAGGAUAUGAUUAUACCUGAUUUAUACAGAGACAUUGAUUGUAUACAAAGUUCUAAAGGAGGAGAAAGAUGUUUCGACAAAAAUCCUGCAUCACUUCCAGAUAAUAUGGACAUUAGUCCGAGUAUGGUAUUAUCUCCUUCUCCUGCCAAAACGGAUUGGUUAGGACAGUUUGCUUAUGGRAAYACCACAMAUUUAUUUUUUUAAUGAUGUUUAAUAUUUUUCAAAAGAAAAGUUUAUUUUUUUAUWACAUCAGUAAUAUAUUAAAUUUCAUAUUAUUUAUUUAUUUAUGUUUUAAAAGUACACAGUGUCCAAAAAAUUCAUCAUUUAUUUAGGUUGGCUAAAAAUAUGGAUUGUAUGGUUUUUAACACAGUAACUUAAGCUGUUAUAACCAAGGAUA